GAUCUUGCUUAGACCGCUGUUUAUCUUAGAUACGAUGUUGUAACAAUCUUCAACAGCCUUAAGGGCGUCUUCUCCUACCCUUCCUUUGUACCGCCCUUUUCAAACAUACCAUCGCCGCUCCAAAAUAAUGGAUCAACGCAGGAUACCGGAAUACAACCUCGAGAUCUCAGCAGACCGCUCUAGCGUGAAGGAUGUGGUAAAAGGUGUCCUCCACACAAUUUUCUUCCACCGCUUCUUCACGCCUCUAUACCCAGCAACCCAUGAAAUCCUCGACAUCACACUCCCCUACGUUAGCGAAGACGACAUCGAAACCCUCGUAGAGACCAAAGCCAACUCUCUCCUCCGUGCCCUCGAUGCCAGCAGCUCAAGCACCUCCCCACAAUACAAGAAUCCCAACGGCUCUCAACGUGCUUCAAUCACUGUCCAAUUCCUAGAGAAGAAACGUCGAAAAGGCUGGUUCACUACGAAACCAGAUGAGGAUAUUCCUUGGGAGACUUGGACGAUCGAUGUCACGGUCUUAGGCGCAAGGAGCGAAAUUGAGGCGAGCAGGAAUCGUAGGGUUAUGGUGAGGAGUUUGGAAAGAGCUGUGUUUAAGGUUGUCGAGGUUGUGAAUCGUGAGAAAGGACAUAUACCGCCGAUUACGACGAAUGAGACGAAUCCAUUCCCUUAUCAGAUUCAUGUGAAUAAGAGCGGGGAGAGCGGAUGGAGUGGGAAGAUGGGGAUAUUUUGAUGGAGUCGAGUGAUGACAUGACCUGUGAACAGUUGGCCAACAUUCGCACCUUGGUGAUAGAUAUGCGGAUAUGAAGAUGACUCCAAAGGAGUUCUGUCGGUCCAGGUAAAGCUUUCGCUGUAUCCCACAACCAUUGCUAGUGUGCAAGUGCCUGGCGCAAUGCCUUGCUACACCGCGACAGCAGCGCUCCUUCAAGACGAAAUGGAUCGUUAACCGCGGAACUCAUGCAGCCACUGAUGCAGGCCCUUUGGCGAUAUGUUCUCGCGAUUCACAGCCAAUCCACUCAGAUGUACGCCAUUGAGAAAAUUCUGAAACAUACCCUCCUCGCCUGAAGGCAGUCUUGUCCGAGUGAGCAGCGGACAGCGAAGAGCCAUGCAGACAGCAAUCUGGGCUGCCUCACAGAGAUACUCGACCGCAUAUGAACCAGAGCAAUUUGCUCAAGAGACUUCAGCUCAGAUCGUAAGGAUGAUGGUCAGCCAAUAGCCCUGGAAGGAGAUCGUAUUGGAUUCGUUUGUCACGAUCAGAAGAGCUAGAUGCACUCCUUCCACAAAGCUGAUGACGCAGAUAUGGGUACGCAGAAUCCUCACGUCAAAAAACCAAAAGCUCUCGGACUUUGAAGACUCUUUCAUACGAAGAACCUGGAGGCUGCUGCGGGAAGCGUAACGAAGACGGUUCAGCUGAGAUUUUAUAAGUAUCGGAUUGACACAAUCGACGAAUGGUCAUUGAUAUCUGUCCAUGCUAGAGUGCCCGUCUUCACCGAGUCAUUUCAUUUCAUUUCGAGACAGGGUCACGUGUAUUCUAAUCGCCAAGAUCUCGUACCUCCCUCCCUUUGCUCGCUUGAGAAGGUCUCCUGUCAAUACCAUCGACCACAUUGCUUUCC